AAAAGGUCUCGGUCUUCGUCAUAUACCCAAUCUCCAACGUUCUCUCGUUUAUCUUUUUAUUUUCAAAAAUGUCGCCGUCCUUUUCCUCCGGCCAUUUCUCCGUCGCUCUCUUCCUCGUUAUCUCCGCCGUUCCCAUCUCUUACAUCAUUUCCCUCGAGCGAGCCGUUCCCUCCACGCACGUGUUCUCUUACCAGAGCUCUGGCUUCUUCCGGGAGUGCGCUAAAUGGGACGACGUUGGUCGGAGAUUCCUCGUCUCUUUCAUGGACGGAGGCGGAAUCGGAGAGGUCGUUCCUUCCGACGGCAACAGCGACGUUCUCAAGGAAGUCACUUUGGUCAAAGACGUUGACCUCGCCGGAAACGCUUCACUAGGAAUCGUUAUCGACCGCGACAGGAACCGUCUCCUCGUCGCUGUCGCAGAUUUGCUUGGGAAUCGUUAUAGCGCUUUAGCUGCUUAUGAUAUGUCCACGUGGCGCCGUGUCUUCCUCGCUGAGCUUAGCGGCCAGAGUAAAGAGAAAUCAUUUGCAGACGAUGUAGCUGUUGAUGCACAAGGCAAUGCUUAUGUUACCGAUGCAAAAGGUAGUAAAAUCUGGAAAGUUGAUGUUAAUGGAGAGCUUGUGUCAACCAUUGAGAGCCCUCUCUUCACUCCAUCUGGGUGGUACAAUAACCUUGUCGCUCUUAACGGCAUUGUUUAUCACCCUGAUGGUUUCCUUAUAGCCAUCCACACUUUCUCCGGUUUACUAUACAAAAUCGAUCUGACUGCUGAUGUGGGAGAGAGUAAUAAGGUCACUGUCAUUGAAGUUACUGGUGGGACGUUGAGGUUUGGUGAUGGGCUUGAGUUGUUGUCUCCUACUAAGAUUGUUGUUGCAGGGAGUCCUUCUGCGAAAUUGGUUGAGAGCUCGGAUGGGUGGAGGACAGCUACUGUGACAGGUUGGUUCAGUACCGGUAUGAUUCACCGGAUAGUCUCGUCGGCUACUGUGAAGGAAGGAAGAGUUUAUUUAAACCACAUUGUUGGGUUUGGUUCUAAGAAGAGACAUAUACUAGUGGAAGCUGUGUUUUAGACUCUGUUUAGUGUUAAUCUCUCUUAGUAUUAAGUUGUGUGUGCUAAUGGUCUUUUUAAUGAUUCUUAUUGGAAUGUGGUGUAAAGGCUCUCUUUAUCAAAUUUCAUUCAAUCUAUAGAAUUAGAUAAGCAAUCAUAACAUCAUUUGCAUUACAAAUAUCAGCUUGAACCCAAAAAAAUGCAUUCCGCUAGUGACAUUAUAACCAAUGGUUACUUACACUUUAGUGUCACCUUCAUCGUCAUAAUGAACAAGAGAAGCUGUAGAAACAGGAGCAGCACUAGCAAUUCCACGUGGACUUCUUCUACUUCCUUGUUCAAAAAGCAAUACCAUUCCAAACCAUAAAGACCCUUUAACGAUCCUAACCAUACCGAUCGUUACAACCAUAUAGUAUAACCACCAAUUCACAAAAUCAACAGUUCCCACUUCAAAACCAACGUUAACAUUACCAUGGAUUGGUAAUAACAACAACAAUGCUCUUUUAGCCUCUGCCACACCAACCAAAGCCUCUACCUCAUCUCGAAGCUUCCACCACCACAACGUCCCACAGCUCACUGCCAAAGCCACUCUCUCCACCACCGUCUCUUCUCUCCGGUGAUGACAUGCGUCUCCUCCGAUCAACGUGCUGUCCACCACCGGUCUCACAAUCACCCUACACCACAGAAGCAUUACCUCAUGAAGACCAAAGAAAAACACUAGCCUGCUCAAGAAGUUACGUUCGCUCCCGAUUAUUAAACCGUCCGAGUUGGUUCCUUCGAGGCCUAAACCGACGGAGAUUUGAACAAGGAAAAGCGUGAGCCACGCGAUGCUGACAUGUGGAAUAAAGGGAAUGGACCGGUUAGGAUCUGUUGAUGUGAUCUUUGUGGUCAGACCAAGAACUAGUGUAUAAACGCUUAUUAACGAAACAACCGCAUAUAAGAUCGACGGGUUCGUGUAAUGAAAUAUAGAGAAGAAGAAAGAUGAAUCCGUUUGAGGAGGAGACUUGAUCAAGGAGAAGAGGAAGGAAGCUGAUGAGAGACGGCUAAGAAGAAGGAAAGAGAGAGGAAGGAGGAGGCUGAGGAGAGUUGUUGUCACUAGCCGGAAAGGCUUAACCACCAGCUGCUCCGCCUCUCUCCGCCACUUUCCACCGCCGGCCAUACUCAUAUUUAUCUAAAGUGAAAGAAGGUUGAGAAGUUAAGAAAUAUAAAGCUAGUUUUUG